CAGAACAAUUCUCUUCACCUGAUGAAACCCAAUUCUCAGCAACAAUCUUUGAAAUAGUUGUCUGAUUUAACCUGUAAGAGAGUGAAUAGUAUAAGCCUAAACAGGGGAAAAAAAUGAGAGCAGGAGUUUGCGCUGUGCAGCAAGCUUUAACAGCUGAGGCUGCAAGCCUGGUGAAGCAAGCACUUGGUCUUGCUAGACGGCGAGGUCAUGCUCAAGUCACUCCUCUUCAUGUAGCAAGUGCUUUGCUUGCAUCCUCUACUGGUCUGCUUCGGAGAGCUUGUCUUCAGUCUCACUCUCAUCCUCUCCAAUUCAGAGCUCUAGAGCUUUGUUUCAAUGUUGCACUUAAUCGUCUCCCUGUAUCCACUUCUAGCCCUUUAUUAGGCCCUCACUCCCAUCAUCAUCCUUCCCUCUCCAAUGCCUUGGUUGCAGCCUUUAAGCGUGCCCAAGCUCACCAACGCCGAGGCUCCAUUGAGAACCAACAACAACCUAUUUUGGCUCUCAAAAUAGAGUUAGAACAUCUCAUAAUCUCCAUUUUAGAUGAUCCUAGUGUUAGUAGGGUCAUGAGGGAAGCUGGUUUCUCUAGCACCCAAGUUAAAACCAAAGUAGAACAAACUGUUUCCUUGGAGAAUUGUUCUCGAAAGGAAAUUCUCAAACCCCAAGUUCUUUGUGCUAAUGUCUCUCAGGUUGGUUUUGGGUUGUCAUUAGGCAAACCAGUAGAUCAAGUUGUUAGGAGUGAAGAUAUAACAAAUGUUUUGAACACUGUUGUGAACAAGAGGAGAAACACUGUUAUUAUAGGAGAAUGUGUAGGCAGUUCUGAGAGACUAGUUAGAGGGGUAAUGGAUAAGUUUGAGAAAGGACAUGUCUCUGCGGAUUUAAGAUAUGUUCAAUUUAUCAGUCUUCCACUUUUUUCACUCGGAAAUCUUCCGAAAGAUGAAGUGGAGCAGAAGCUUGUAGAGCUUAAAUGCCUUGUGAAGAGUUAUAUGGGUAGAGGGGUUGUCUUAUACUUGGGUGAUCUCAAAUGGAUUUCAGAGUUUUGGUCAAGCUAUGGUGAGCAAAGAAGAAGCUAUUACUGCCCAGUGGAGCACAUAGUAAUGGAACUUAAAAGAUUAGUGUGUGGAAUUAGGGAGACGGGAAAAUUGUUUCUCAUGGGAACUGCAACUUUUCAGACUUACAUGAAGUGCAAAACAGGCCAUCCUUCUCUUGAGACAAUUUGGGAACUUUAUCCUCUUACAAUUUCAGUUGACAGCAGCUUAAGUCUCAGUCUUAACCUUGACGGUAACUCUCGACCUCAGUGUAGAACCAAGGAAUCUAUAGAUGGGAUUAGUUGGCCACUGUUCGAACCUGGAGUAAAUAAAAGCCAGAUUUCCUUCACUGAUAGAUUGCUCAAUUUUGACAAGGAAGCUCAAAGCAAUGCCAUCGUCUCUUCCAGUUCAAGUUUGCCUACAUGGCUCCAAAACUACAAGGAAGAAACCGAAAAACACCCCACCCAUGAUAAGGAUUCAGUCAAUUUCAGGGAUCUGUACAAGAAAUGGAACUCAUUUGACUGUUCAUCCGACAAAAAACACUACAACCCUGAGGAAGUUCUUAACAUUUCUCCAUUAUCUUCUUCCGAAGAGCAAAACACGAAGCCUAAUCUAAGUUGGCCAGUCAUUUUUGAACCUAAAGUGUCACCAAAAGAGCACCAGUUUUGGAUAUCCGAAAGUACAGAUGAAGGUUAUGGACUCCCAUUGAGAAAUGAUCCUAAGCCAGACCUCCUCUCAAAUCCCAACUCUAGCCCAAAUUCAGCUUCUUCAAGUGAGGCAAUUGAGGCCGAUAUCGAUGGCCUUAAUGAGUUCAAGAUUCUUAAUGCCGAAAACAUGAACAUUCUGUGCAAUGCAUUAGAGAAAAAGGUUCCAUGGCAGAAGGAGGUGAUUCCCGAAAUUGUUAGCACCAUCCUUGAAUGCAGAUCGGGGAUGAGAGAGGUUAAAAGCCUGUUAAAGCACAGAGGACCCAAAGAAGAAACUUGGCUAUUCUUCUUAGGAGCUGACAAUGAAGCCAAGAAGAAGAUUGCAAGAGAGUUAGCCAGACUCAUUUUCGGUUCUCGAAGCAACUUUGCUUCAAUAAGUCUGAGCAAUUUGGCAUCCAUCAGGGCAGAUUCGAAUGAAGAAUCCAACAACAAAAGAAAGAAAGAUGAGUCAGGUAGAAGUUAUCUUGAGAGAUUGGGAGAGGCAUUGAAUGAGAAUCCUCACAGGGUCUUGUUCAUGGAAGACCUGGAACAAGUUGAUUAUAGUUCUCGGAAAAGCAUUAAGCAAGCAAUUGAAAGCGGAAGGAUAGCAGUUUCAGAUGGUGAGACAGUUCCUGUUAAGGAUGCAAUUAUCAUUUUCAGCUGCGAAAGCUAUCAAUCAGUGUCAAGAGCUUGUUCUCCCAGGAGAAGGCCAAAUACUAGUGAGACAGAAGAGACAAAGGCAUCAGAUAUGGAGCAGAAAAACUCAUCUCCAUGUCUAGAUUUAAACAUUGCCAUUGAAGAUAAUAGCAGUGCAGAUGAAAAUUCAUCAGUUACUGGUUACAUUGGAAUUCUGGAAUAUGUUGAUAAGGAUAUUAUUUUCAGAGUUGAGAGCUAA